UUUAUCGUAAAAAAUGCAUUUGAUUACAGAAAAAAUAUGUGAAAAGAAAUCAUUGAAGCGUGAGACGUAAUCUUGUAAUAAAUAAACUUGAUUGAUUGGUGUUCAGUUUAGUAUUUGAAUUCCACAGGAUCGGAAGAUUCAGUUAAUGUUGUUAUAGGAGCAGUCGAUCCCGUGAUUGCUAAUUGGUGUUGUUGAAUUAAGUUUAUUGGAAGAACUCCGAAAAUAAUUCGAGUAAUCAUUACAACGAAUUGAAUCAACCGUAAUAUUUUGAAGCUUCACGAAAAAUUAAUAGCAGCUACAAAAAUAAAAAUAUAACACAUUUUUCCACCGUCAUGCUUCACACAGCCCCCGCAGUGGGGUUACCCAGCCUGACCCUGAGGAGUAGAAGCCCUUCCCCAGUACAUCACCAUCUGCCUAGGUUGUCUUCCCCCCGCCAGCUCGACCGAUCUUCAUCCCCUCCCAGCCAUUCUUCCCCAGUGCAAAAUCACUGCAGAUCUUCCCCAUUUAGCGGCCAUCAUUCCCACUCUCCUUCCCACACACAUUCCCCAGCUAAUAUCCACCGGCGGUCACACUCCCCUUCCCUCCAACAUCGGCGAUCCCAUUCCCCACCAGGGCAUCACCGAGCCAUUUCCCCGCCGCCGUCCAUCCACAUGAGGAUAGGUUCUUCCCCACUGCACCAGAGAACACCGUCUCCUGGUCUCUCUACUUCGCCAAAAGGAUGCUCUAGUCCACCUCCCCACAAAUCCUUCAGCAUCUCCAGCAUCCUGAGCAGGGAUGACCCCAAGAGGGAUGCACUCUUCCCCGACGCUUCCCCUCUCAGCCUCGCUCAGCAAGACGCUAUCGCCGCAAGACUGGGGCUCAUGUCCCACAUGGCCCUGGCGGCGUCCCGACAUCCCCUCCUCUCUCUGUACCCCGAGUUCACGGGUUCAGGGGGCCUUCCUACUCAUCCCCAUGGGGCUAUGGGCCAGUUUGGGUCUCAUGGGGGAGUUAUGGGGCAGCAUUCCCCUCUUACAAGCCUGAGUGGGGCUCUGGGAGGCGUGGGGAAAGCAGCGGCGCCAUGGUAUGCAGCUGCAGCCCCAUGGUCAUUCCCCAACCUGGCGGCACUCACUACCUCCGCCCGGAGCAAAACUGCAGGUUCCCCGGGAUCGGGGAUGUGUCUCAGCCCCAACUCCCACAUUGAAGUGGUGCGCUCCCGCUCCCCCUCACCCACUCCACGCUCCCCAUCACCCCCAGCAUCCCCAGGCUUGCAGCCCCAAUCAAGAGACGACUGCGCCUCCCCCAGCGACGCAACCAAUAACCAAGGUCGAGACUGGGGCAAGGCGGCGACGAAGGCGACGAUGAGCGCAAGACGCAAGAGGCGCAAGAAAAAGACGCGCACGGUGUUCUCACGCUCGCAGGUCUUCCAGCUCGAGAGCACCUUUGAUAUGAAGCGCUACCUCUCCUCUUCUGAACGUGCUGGCCUUGCCGCCUCCCUACACCUCACAGAGACCCAGGUGAAGAUCUGGUUCCAGAACCGUCGCAACAAAUGGAAGCGGCAGUUGGCCGCGGAGCUGGAGGCGGCUAACAUGGCCCACGCUGCUCAGCGGCUGGUGCGCGUACCAAUCCUCUACCAUGAGGGAUCACAACACCAACCCACCAGCGAACAAUCAUCCAUCAGCGUUAAUUCGUCCUUACAACCGCCCCCACCUCCGCCAUCUUUAUCGCACUAUCCCCUCUAUUAUCCCUCCGUCACAUCGUCCAGCUACCCCGCCAGUAGCGUUCAGACCCCGACUCCAGUCAGACCUACACUCGCUUCGUUAGUUUAGAUGUAGUUCCAUUAUUUUUGUUAUAAGAAUAGAUUUGUUAUUUAUCAGCGUGUGUCAACCUCCAUAAAUAUUGAGAUUUUGUACACAGUACUCUUCUUUUCAGGUUUGUAAAUAAAUUAGGUAGCUACUGUUCAUUCAGCGUUGACUUAAGUGAAGCAAAGGUAUUCUUCAACGAAAAGUUUGUCACUCACAAAUGAAGAAGAUAAAUCCGAAAAAUUUAAAUAAAGAAGAGCAAUUAUUCUCUGGCAUUGAUUCAAAUGAUGUAUUAGAAUUAACGAAUAAUUUAAUGAAGGUAUGAUUUCCCAUUCCUGAUGCCAAACGUCGUUUCUGUCAUGUGACAGAAACGCAUUUUCAUUUUCUUUCAAAGUUAUGGCCGUUUAAUUACGAGCCGACAACUGAAAACGAUGUUACUGGACGAUGGAUGACGCUUCACAUGCAAAAACACCACACGCCCAAGAACCUGUUGUUGGGCUGAAUUUAUUAUUUCAUGCACGUUUCGUUUAAGACCAGAGAAUAUUUCUUACAAAAAUUUUUAUAUUAUUUUUCUCUAGUAGACGAAUUUAACUUUUGGUAGAAUUUACCUACCUACAUUUACCUUCAUCGUUUCUCAGCCUACAUACUUUUAAUGUGUAUGAGGUAUAGAGAACUCGAACAUUAGCCUUCCCACCAACUUAACAGCAAGCUUGACCUUUUUUAUACCAAAUCUGACAAUUGCAAACAAGGAAUGGUAGAUUGCACUCAUUAUAGAACUCGAGACUAUCGUGUGAAUUUAUCUCCAGUUGGUUCAAGAUCGCGUCACUAUUAUAGCCGAUUGUAUUAUCAAGUGUAAUCUAAAUUCAGGGAGUAAAACAAAUUAAAACUUAUUUGCAAUAUUUAAUACUCUUCGGCGAAUCAAAAAUCAGUAAAUAAUUAUUGCUUUAUUACGUAUAUAUAAUCAUCACAUGAUAUACGAUCACAUUACCAUGUUUUACGAAGACAUAUGGGAAGGAAUGCCAACAGCUUUGAUUGUACGGAAUACGUAUAAAUUCCAAACCACCGACAAGUUUGCCAAGAUUGAAGCGCUGCUCAAGCGCCAGCGUCUCAUCCACGUACAAGAUCGAGGAGAUCGUGUAUGGCAAGUUAGGUACGAGGAAUACAAGAUGUAAAUAUGAGUAAACCAAAGACUGAAGUGUUACAGAUAUUCUUUUGUGCGUCAAAUGCGUGUAAAUAGUGUUGAAUAUUUCAUCGAAUAGACAGCUUGUUUGAAUUGGACGUCUUUCCACAAAAAAUGUAGAUAAUACCUCUGAUAAAAGGACAACCAAUUACAAACCAAUGAUGUGUUAUUGAUUAGGAAUUCCUUUGUAAAAACGUAUGUAUUUAUAAAAUGAACUUCUAUUAUUACAUCACAAGCUGUAAUUGGUAUGAUGUGAACUGAACAAUAGCAGUGCAGCAAUGCCACAUAAGACAAGGACUAUAUAAGAUCCUCUUGAUAAUCUUAUUCAGUUUUAAAUAAAAUUUAAAUUACUUAAUAAAAAUAGAGGAGAUUUCACGUUAUGAACUUGGCCCCUGCAUUAUUUGAGUUCACUUGCAAUAAAUGAGUCAAGAUGAAAGAAAAAGUCUUCUUUACAGAAACUACAGAAUAAAGAGUUAAGCGAGACUGGAAAAAUUUAAAACACUGCUGAAUUAAUAUUGCUGAAUCCGAUUAUUUGUAUUCAAUUGCCUACACCAAAAAUCACCUGAGUAUUUAUAUAGCAAAUGUGAAGUAAAUUCAUCAGAUUUUCAUUAGAAAAAGUUUAUGAGACCAGCUUCAUCUAGUUAUUUACAUGUUUUCAUAUCUUAUGUGUAAAUUUGGUCGUUCUGUUGAUGAUACUACUAGUAGGCACCCUAAAAACUUUUAACAUACUUUAUACUUUUUGACUUAUGAUGUGGCUGGCCUCUGAAACGUUUUCGGUAAACAAAAUUUAAAUUUACUAGGCAUAACGUGUAUGAGUGGAUCAAACAUUUGUGUGAUAAUUGAACGAGUGUGUUUCGACAGUGUGUAGCUGAGUGUGUGUGAAUGGAAUGUGCGUGCGCUGGUUACAUUCAUGUGUGUGUGUGUGUGUAUGUGUGUGGAUUGAAUGUCAUGUAGGUUCACCUUGUGUGCACGCUGAAGAUAUGUACGUUUAUCAUCUGGGAGCAUAAUUUGCACAUGGGUUGAUGUGGGGGAUGUAACAACAUGUAUGUAUAAGUUAUUGUUAGAGGGCCUCCUUGCAGUGUACAAAGUUAACUCAGCCAAUUAUAUGUGUCAAUA